GCAGCUCCUGGAACAGUGCUUGGAACAGAUUAGACACUACACAAAUAUUUGCGAAAUGAAUGAAUGUACGUAUGGAAGCAGAGGUAUCCCUGAGGCCACUCCCGACGUGGGUUUAACCCCUUCAUGCAGGUUAACCAUCCGGGCAGCUACGUGUCCGCGGGAGCGGAGACACGCGCCACGUUCUCUGCAGACACGGCCCCGCCCCGCGUUGCCAGGCGCCCGGUGCCAUGGCGCCGGUCGCCAGAGCGGAUCCGUGGGACCCAGGCCCUAGCGCCCGCGAUCCUCUGUGCGCUCAGGGCCCCGCCCGCGUUGCCAAGGCGCCGCGCGGCCUGCCGCCCGGCGCACCCCCAGCCGAGGGCACAGAACCUGGCCGCGGGCACGCGGACCGGUCAGAGCGGAGUGAUGGGCGCGUCGCGGACUGCAACACGGACUUCGCCUCAGCCGCAGCCCGAGUCCUCGGCGCGGCAGCGGCGCGGCUUCCACCACACGCUGAUCUUCUACUGGAGGAAGCGGGAGAGCCGCCAGGGACGACGCAACCCGGGCUCGGGCCGCAGAACGAGGCCCAGGGGCGCGGCCAGGACCCGGGCCUCUGGCCCCGCCUCCGCCCCGGCCCGGGCCACCGGCCUCGCCUCUACCCUGGCCCGGGCAUGCGGCGCGCCCCUCGCCCGAACCCGGGGCUCCGGCUCCGCCUCCUCCCGGGCGCGGGCCGCGGCCCCCGGCCCCACCUCCACGCCGGUCCCCGCCCCGGACUCGGCCCCGGGCCCCGCCCCCGCCUCCGCUCCCGCUCCCGCCCCCAGCCCCAGCCCGGGCCCGGCCUCCGCGCCUGCGCCCAGUCCCUGUGGCCGCGCCUUAGCGGCGGCGCGCGCGCUGGCCUGGAGGCCGACUUGGAGGCCCGUGUGGAGGCCCAGCUGGCCCGGCAGGCAUUGCGCGGGUAACAUGGCGGCGCCCGGCGAGCGGAGUCGCUCCUCCGGCGGGAGCCUCUUCUCCUUCCUGCCCGGCGGCGCGCGCUCCGAGGUGACGGACGACCUGGUGACGGACGCGCGCGGCCGGGGCGCGGGGCGGAGAGACGCCGCCGCCUCCGCCCCGACCCCAGCCCAGGCGCCGACCGAUUCUGAGGUCGCCAAGGAUACCUCCCAGAGGCGGCCCUGCCGGGCCUGCGUGGACUUCAAGACGUGGAUGCGGACGCAGCAGAAGAGGGACAGCAAGUUUAGAGAAGAUUGUCCUCAGGAUCGCGAGGAACUGGGCCGCCACAGCUGGGCUGUCCUCCACACCCUGGCCGCUUACUACCCCGACCUGCCCACCCCAGAACAGCAGCAAGACAUGGCCCAGUUCAUACAUUUAUUCUCUAAGUUUUAUCCGUGUGAGGAGUGUGCUGAAGACAUAAGGAAGAGGAUACGCAGGAACCAGCCAGACACGCGUACGCGGGCAUGCUUCACCCAGUGGCUGUGCCGCCUGCACAAUGAGGUGAACCGCAAGCUAGGCAAGCCCGACUUCGACUGCUCACAGGUGGAUGAGCGCUGGCGUGACGGCUGGAAGGACGGCUCCUGCGACUAGACGGCGGCCAGCGGGAGCCCAUGGGGCAGCCAGCCAGGGCCUGUGGGCCCCCUGGCUGGAGAAGGACAGAGCACUCAUAAUUAAAGUCCGUCAGAGCCAGAGCCUGUCGUGUCUCAGUUGGGUGGUCCCCAGACACUGCCCAUGGGGUCCUUUUCCUCAGGUUUGGAGUAGAAGUGGAAGUAUCGCUGCAGGGACCCUGAUGGCCUCCUCCUCAGCUGAGGCCCGGUUGGGCUACAGGUGAAGGAGGCAGGAGUAACCCAGACUGGCCCUUCCGUUCAGGAUGUGGCCUCCUGCUCACCCCACACCCUGGUGCCCACUUUCCCACACAGGAAGAUGACAGGCCUGGCUGGGCUCCCCUGUCCUGCCCUGCAAGGCCUGGCCAUUGUCUCCUAACCUGUGUAGCUGGGGACAGCUGCGGUGACUGUAGCCCCAGAGACUGUAUGCUGUCUGCAUUUCAAGAAAGAGGCCUAGGGGGCCGGCCCCGUGGCUGGGUGGUUAAGUUCGCACGCUCCGCUUCGGCAGCCCACGGUUUCGCUGGUUCAGAUCCUGGGCACGGACAUGGCACUGCUCAUCAGGCCACGCUGAGGAGGCAU